AUAAACAUUCCAAAUAACUAUCUCCAUUCUUUGGAGUUACCCAAUUUCGACGUUGAACACAAACCCUUGCUUCUCUCUUCUCUGUUUCUCUCUCGCAGCGAAAAAUCAUGGCGAUUAGCUCCUUCAAGCAUGAACAUCCUCUUGUGGAGAUGAAUAUUGAUGUUGAAGUUACUAAGUUUCACUUGUCUCUCUUGUGUUCCGUGGUCGAGUCUCUGUUGUUCACGGGGCGUAGAAUCGCUAUUUCAGUCCCUUGGAAUCCUAAGAUAUUAUCACUGAAAAAGAGACAAGCUGAAGCAGCACGUAUCAGGGAGAAGUAUCCAGACAGAAUACCAGUCAUUGUCGAAAGAGCCGAGAAGAGUGAUGUCCCGGAUAUUGAUAGGAAAAAGUACUUGGUCCCAGCUGAUUUGACUGUUGGCCAGUUUGUUUAUGUUGUACGGAAGCGGAUCAAGCUCAGUCCCGAGAAAGCCAUCUUCAUUUUUGUCAAGAACAUUCUACCACCAACUGCGGCAAUAAUGUCUGCAAUUUAUGAAGAGCACAAAGACGAAGACGGGUUUCUAUACAUGAGUUACAGUGGUGAGAACACGUUCGGGAUCUUCUUCUAAUGCGCUUGGAAUAUGUGGAUGCAUCAGAUUAUCAAUGUACAGUCUGUCUAUUUCUCUGCUUGUCUCUAGUUUUCAUGACAUUGGACGAAGCUUUUGAAACUUGCAUGCUAUGUUAUUAACAUGAUAAGGUCUUCCGUUCAUGGUGUUAAUUUGGCUUUAUGCUACACUUAAUUUCAAACUUAGUCGCUAUAUAUAGUUGAGGUCACUUGGUGUCCUCCUUGAAUA